UUCACAUACAUAAAUGUUCUUGUCUUUUUAUGACAUACUAUUCAGAUGACACAGAAGGCACAUUUGGUUGGGAGGGACUUCAACGAGUUAGGCUUGUUAAAUAAACCAGUAUUUCAAAGCUGAUUGCUCAGACAGAUGCUCCAGCACUAGGGCUUCAGUGAGGUGCACACUUUCAAUCCUGCUAUCACCAUGGAUUCCAGACAGCCAAGUUUUACACCACGCAAAUCAACUCUGAUUCAUCAAGGACCUCCAAAACGCAUACGUUUACAUACAGAAAGAAAAGUGCUUAAUGAAAAUGGGAAAGUCAGAAAAUGGACCUAUGGGAAAAAGGACACCAGUAAGCAAAACAAAACUGUUCUAUUGGUGGGAGAGACUGGAGCUGGCAAGACAACUCUCAUCAACACCAUGGUCAACUACUUACUAAAUGUGAAUUUUGAGGAAGAAAUAUGGUAUGAAAUCACUGAAGAAGAAGCUGGAGACCAAUCAGAAUCACAAACCUCUGAAAUCACCAUGUAUGAGGUCUGUCCUGUAGAGAGUCCUCUAACUCUUACCAUCAUUGAUACUCCAGGCUACGGAGACACUAGGGGACUUGAAAAAGAUCUGGAUGUUGCUGCAAAUUUAGCCACUCUGUUUCAGAGCAUUGAUGGAGUUCGUGAAGUUGAUGGCGUGUGUUUUGUGAUUCAAGCAUCUAAGAAUCGUCUCUCAGACAGGCAGCAUUACAUUAUCAGUUCAAUUCUGUCUUUGUUUGGAAAAGACAUUAUGAACAACAUUGUAUUUUUAAUCACACACUCUGAUGGUAUGGCGCCCAAAAACGUCCUCGGUGCUAUCAAUAAAGUUAAAAUCCCUUGCAGACGAGACAAAAGUGGCCAACCUGUUUAUUUUUUAUUCAACAAUCGGCAGGCUGAUGCCCGUCCCACUCAAGAGCGGCACAUUCGUGCUCAAAGCGAUGCCUGGGAAGCCAGCGUGGACAGCAUGAAGCAUUUCCUUCACUCUAUGAAUGAAAUGAAUACAAGAAGUUUAGAAAUGACUUCAGAUGUACUCAUAGAGCGCAUUCAAUUAGAAGCAGCCAUCUGCAAUUUACAGCUGCGUAUUCAGGAGAAGGAGCAGAAAAAAGCUGAAAAACUUCAGAUUCAGGAGGCAAUAAAACAAAACAAGGAGAAGAUUGAAAACUGUAAAAACUUUGCCAUUAAAGUCAAAAACACGAUCAAAGAGAAGGUGCCCAUUGAAAGUGCUUCAUGGAAGAACAGGAAGGCAACAAUCUGCACCGUCUGCGAGGAAAACUGUCAUGAGUUUGACUGCUGGUUUGUUUCUGAUCCCAGCAAUUGUGAAGUCAUGAGUAAAGGCUACUGCACUGUGUGCACUGGGAAGUGUCAUCACAGCAAACAUGUAAAAGAAAACAAGAAAUACAUAAUCAAAUCCUCAUUUAUGAUGAUGGAAUUUGAUGACAUUAAUAAGGAAUAUGAACAAGCUAAAGAAAAAUCCAAGAGGUUUUCGAUCAUAAUGGAUUCACUUGACAAAGAGCUGCAAGAGAUUGAAACCCAAAAGUCAAUUCUUCUGUUCAAUGCUUACAAGACCAUCAAGCAUCUGUCUCAGAUCGCAUUAAAGCCAGAUUCUGCCUUCACUCUUAAGAAUCUUGACUUCUUCAUCCCCAGACUGAAGGAGGCUGGGAAAGAAAACUGGGUCCGAGAGCUGGAGGAAAUGAGGAGAACCGCUGAAGCUGAGGAAGCAAAUAAAGAUGCUUUGAGUUAUCUUAAAGCUGGUCUGACAAAACUAUUCCUCGGUGGGCAAAGUUGAAAUUCCUUAAGUGGCGGAGAAAGAGUUAACAAAUCAAUAAUACUUCAUGACUUACUUUAAAUUGUAUUUUGGGUGCUGGAUGAUAAGUUAACAGAAAAUGUUGCAAACAAACAGUAAUUUGUUUCACCAUUUAGUUUUUUCCUGAAAAUCCUGAAAAUCUUUUUCUGUAUAUUUCUUUUUACUUAUGGUUAUUUUGUUCAGAUUGUCAGAUUGUCUGUAUAUUUAAAUUGCUCAAAUUAA